AUUUUGUUUUCUAUUUAAAGGUACAUUUUUUUUCAUUGUGACUUUGAUUUGCCACUGAGAGAGAAACAAGACAAAAUAAACAAAAUAAUGAACGAUUUACAAACAAAAAUCGGUUUGGCUUUAACCAUUUUAUCCGGAUUGAUAAUUUUAAAAUCAUGGAUAAAACGAUCAAGACAAGGACCUCCAAAAAUUAAAAAAUUAAUUAUCUAUCCAAUUAAAUCUUUACAAGGAUUCGAAGUUGAUCAUCUUGAUAUUGUUAGCACUGGUGUCGAAUGGAUGAAUUUCCAUGAUCGUUCCAUGGUUUUGGUGAAUCAGAAAAACAUUAUGCUUACCCAACGUAACAAACCAAAACUUGCAUUAAUCAAAUUGAAGCUUCAAGAUAAAAACAUUGUUCUUGAUGCACCCGAAAUGGAAACAUUGGAAAUUCCAUAUUUUGAUGAUAAUUUGAUUACUAACGAUAUUGUUUCGUUAGAAAUUUGGGGUCAACAAACAGAAGGUUAUGUUUGUCGAAAAGAAUUUUCGGAUUGGUUUUCGCGAUAUUUAGAUUCCGAAACAAAAUUAUUACGUAUUGGUCCCGAAUUACAACAUCGUCAAUCACAAGUUUUUGAUAAUUUAUUAGACAAUCAUGUUGUUUAUCAAGAUGGUUUUCCAAUCAUGUUAAUCAACGAUUGUUCAAUUGAUGAUUUAAAUCAUCGAUUAAAUGGUAAUCUAUUGGUAGAUUAUCGAAAUUUUCGACCAAAUAUUUUGGUUGAAAAUGCUGAUCCAUAUGAUGAAGAUAAUUGGAAAAAUAUUCGUAUAAAUUCAUUAGAAUUUUCAAUGCCAAAACCAUGUGAUCGUUGUGUAAUGACAACAGUCGAUCCGGAAAAAGGUAUUCAACACCCGGAUAAAGAACCAUUGAAAACGCUAAAAUCCUAUCGUAUUGAUAAAAAAUGGAAUGAAAAAGCACCAUUGUUCGGUAUAAAUUUAAUACCAAAAUCGAAUGGAAAAAUUUUUAUUAAUGAUCAAUUAGAAAUUAUUUAAAUCGAUUUAUUGAUUUAUAUAAACACAAAAAAAACGAAAAAAAAAAUUAAAAAUCCUUGUAGCAAAUCA